AUGCCCGCUACGCAGAAAGGAUUGCAUGUUGCGAUGCUCGAUACUGAAUGGGUCAAUCCUCGCAAGAGACCAACAGUCGAAGAAGCCGAAGCGCGCAUCCACGAGCUUUACGAUUCGGGAAAAGCAUUUUUCACGAAAAAGGCCAUCAGCGAUAUUUGGGAACAAUGCCAGCGCAACCCCCGAUACGGCGAUAAAAUCACCACGACAGAUUUGAACGGCGACGAUGUCGAGAUCGAGGUUCAAACCGGGCAAAUUCAGGAAUUUCGCAGCCAGAGCGAUGUGAGAGGGGCAUGUGUUUACAAAGAACUCGAAAUCAGAUACGAUACGCGCGCAUCAAUGCUCGUUAGUCUCCGAUGGAGCAGAUUCGUCAGUUCCCAUAUCUACUGCCCUCUCCAGGUCGCCCAGCAGACACACCUCAUCGACCUAGAGACAAAGGAAUUGCUUCCUCCAUACCCGACCCUCGAGCCGGAGGUUGUAGCGCAGCAUUUCGACAAAUGCGUGCAGGAAUGGAAAAAUAGUCAGACAUGCACGGAUUUCCAGAACUUGUUGUCUUCAUUCGCGAAGGGCCACCGAAUCAACAAGAUUGUUGGCUUUGCGCUUGGUUCGAUGUCUUACCUUGAUAAAGGUCAAGGCGAGGAGAAGUCUUACCAUCGCAGACGGAGUGCGUCGCAGCAUGCGCUCCAACUUACCAUUCGGGAUUGGGUGCUUGGACGAAAUGGGGACUCUGCUGGGGGUGAGAUUGGCAGUAUCGCGUCUUAUGUGCAGGAUCCGUAUUAUACCGCCAUUGACAAGGAGGUUUUGACCAAGGCUGGACUGGAGGUCAUUGAUGACCCGCGCGGAUGGUUGGAGGUAGAUGAGCAGUCUGCUGUGCUUUCCAUUGCACCUAAUGUAUCUGUCAAGGAGAUAAUUGCUGAUCUUGCUCGGCCGGCGAUUGUUAUUUGGUGUCGUGUUACCGAGAAGGAUUAUAUCACGAAGGAGGAGGGGAGUUUGUGA